AUGAGGGAGUCGAGGUCCGAAAGUUACGCCCGUAAAUCAAGGUCCUUUGAUUCUAAAAAACGGCGAUCAACGCAUAUUUGCGAACUUUCACGGGGCUCGGAUAGCAACCUACUAAAGCUCCAGCCCACAGCAUCCCUUCGUGCCAGAUUAAAAAGGUUUUACCAAAAGUUAAUAAUCGUUACCGUAAAGCAUCCAACUACCCGGUUUUAUCUUAGAAGUCAGGCCGCGAUCGCUUUCGAGAAGAAACGACACGGCCGAUCACCCCAUUGGUGGGUGAUUCAUCCCUGUAGUGUUGCUAGAUUCUGUUGGGAAGUUAUUGUCAUGACUGUGACCUACAUGUACUGCUUUGUUUUCAUCCCCUACGUUUCCGCAUUUUAUAUGCUCAACACGCGUUCGUAUCAUAAGGAACAGUCGAUUCUACUACCGGCCUACUUUAUUUGCUUCCUUGAUAUUGGAAUGAAUUUCAUAACCGGAUAUGCCUCCUCAAACAGUCAUGAGAUAUUCUUGGACCCUGGACUUAUCGCGAGCUGGAUUCUUCAGGACUAUCACUCUGUACCUGACGGCGAAAAUUCAAACUUUUCCGCUAUUAUGAUUGAAUUACUACCCAUGAUUAAGUUAUUCCGAAUUCAUACGCUGUACAAAUCUCUGAACCAGCUCAUGCAGGUUCUGGGUCUUAGGCACAUAGGACGUCUUGUGUGGUGGCUCGCUAUUUUAUCGCUCUUUUUUUGCCAUUGGGCAGCGUGCUUCAGCUAUGGGCUUCCGAUCAUUGUAAUGCACGCAACUAAAUUACGUUUCGAGGAUUCAAGUAUCUGGAUUAAAAAUCACCUGGAGAUAAUCGACCCGAGGGACAACGCCUUCCAUCUUUAUCUCUACAGUUUCUAUUCGGGUUUAACGAGCCUGAUCGCCGUUGACACGAGCGUUUUAUCAAGUGGAGAUGUUAAUGCACUGGACUCUCCUGGGGAGACUUGCGUGACCUGUGUCUUGCUAAUUUUCGGUGCGGUUUAUCAGGUGUAUUUAAUCGGAUCAGUGUUUUAUCAAUCGAUUGAAAACGGUAUAGUGGUAAUCCUGCAGCUUGUGGAAUCGGAAAAUGCUCCUCAAACUCGCUACCAGCAGAUGAUUAAUAAUCUGAAAUUCUACAUACGUGAAAAACGGGUUCCACCAAAGUUGGAGAAGAAAUUACUCAACUACUACGAGUACAAAUUUCAGGAUAGGUACUUCAAGGAGGAUGUAAUCGUUGGCUCUUUAGCAGACCACUUAAGGGAAGAAAUCGUUAUGCAUAAUUGUCGAUAUUUGAUAAGCAGCGUGGCACUAUUCUGUAAGCUUCCAAAGCCGUUGAUCGCGAGCAUUGUGGCCGCCCUGAAAUCGGAAAUUUUUCUCCCCGACGACGUGAUAUUCAAAUGCGAAGACGAAGGAAACUGCAUGUAUUUCAUCGGAAAAGGAACCGUGGCAGUCCUAACUUACGCUGGGAAAGAAAUUUGUCACCUUGAGGAUGGAGCCUAUUUCGGCGAAUCUUCCCUGGUCUACCCUGGCUUUAAAAGAGCCGUCACGGUGAUCGCGGUUGAAGAAUGCGAGCUCUUCAGGUUCGACCGGAAGGAUUUCAAGAGAUUGAUUCCGGUCAAUUCUGACCUUCACCAGCAGCUCAAAAGAGUGGUCAAGGAUCAAGUUGCGAUCUUAGUGCAAAUUGAAAAAGAAGAAAUGGGACCAGACCCUGAAUCAUCGUUGUUGGAUGUACUGGAGGAACCUAGUACUAGUCAGGACCAUAAAAAUACGACCGAACAAGCUCAGUGA